AUGUUAGGUAUAGUGCUAUUGAGCUGUGUAGUAGUUGUUACGGGUGGUCGAUCUCCACAUGCUGACUAUAUUGAGGAGUUGGUCCAGACCAAUGUAUUCGGUGGUCGCGUUUCAGAUAACAUUAUAGAAGAUGCAACUCUUGAUUUGCCGGAGUUAGUAAGAAAAUAUAACUACCCCUUUGAAGAGCACUUUGUAACGACUGAAGAUGGCUAUAUCUUGGGAGUACAUAGAAUUCCCCGUGGACGCGAUUCGAACAAUAUUCCCGGGGAAAGACCGGUUGUGUUCUUCAUGCACGGAUUAUUGUCAUCAUCAGCUGAACACGUCAUAACAGGACCCGGAACUGGACUUGCUUACAUCUUAGCCGAAGAAGGCUAUGAUGUCUGGAUGGGCAACGCUCGUGGAAACUACUUUUCACGCAGGCAUACUAAUUUAAAUCCAGACGCUCACUUUAAUACCGACUUUUGGCAAUUCUCAUUUGAUGAAAUAGGAAAUAAGGAUUUGCCAGCUAUGAUUGACUAUGUUCUUAAGCAUACAGGAAGAUCAGCUUUGCAUUACAUCGGAUUCUCGCAAGGAACUACAGUUUUUUUCGUUAUGUGCUCUCUUCGGCCACAAUAUAAUGAAAAAAUAAUUUCGAUGCAUGCAUUAGCACCUGUGGCAUACAUGGCUCAUAACAAAAAUCCUUUAUUAUUGGCUCUGGCACCCCAUUCUAAGAAUAUAGCGGAUUUAGCUUCACUAAUUGGAAUUGGAGAAUUUUUACCCAACAGAGAGAUUUACACGUGGGCAGGUCAAGCUUUAUGUAUGGAUGGUAUGAUACUCCAGCCUGUCUGCAGCAGUAUUCUGUUUUUAAUAGGUGGAUGGAACGAGGAUCAACAUAAUGCAACAAUGUUGCCGGUUAUAUUUGGACACGUACCUGCGGGAUCAUCAGUGCUGCAGUUUGCCCAUUUCGGACAAAGCGUAGCCGACAAAGAGUUCAGACGAUUUGAUUUUGGUACAUUACAAAAUUUACUAAAAUAUGGCACGACUGUCCCACCCAGAUAUAACUUGUCUAAGGUUACAGCACCCGCUUUCUUUCAUUAUUCUGAAAGCGAUCCUUUAGCUGAAGUGGAGGAUGUGGAUAGGUUGUUUCAAGAAUUAGGAAGGCCGAUGGCCAAGUUCAGGGUGUCACAUUCAAAAUUUAGUCACCUAGACUUUCUUUGGGGUAUUGAUGCUAAAGAUUUGGUGUACGACAGACUAAUCAAUUUAUUAAGAAUGAUGGACUAG